AGCAACACUCGCCUACACUGUCGCACAAAGUUGAGAACAAACGAAUCGAUUUUUCGAAUUAAAAAUGGUUUGUGGCCGAAAGUGUUGUUUCUUCUGCCUGUUCAUGAGCUCCUGGGCUUUCGUGAUGUUGAACCUGCUGGGCAUUUUCUUCUAUAUCCAUUCCCUGAUUCUGAUGGAGUCCCUGCCAAUUCCUCAUCAUUUCAAUAGUCAGAGGGAGUUCGAGGAGCAGGCCGACGAAGCCUACUUCCUAUUGGCCAUCCGGUGUUUCGUGACCGCCAUCGUCUAUCUGGCAUUCGUAUUCAUCGCGAUAGCGGUUAUCCGGCAUGAAAACAAGAAAAGGAAGCGACUCUACAAAAGAGGUCACCGUCGUUGAUGAUCUAUAUAUGAUUUUAGUCGGUUUUAGUUUUCCUAAAUAAAGUGUAUAUAUAUUUUUCAUGG